GUAUUGCACGUCGUUGCAAGGGUCGUUGUCGUAUCAGCGAAUGAGAAGUGAGCACGGUGAUGUCAUUUUUUGGGAGGGCCAAUAGAAACACUUUGUCGUCUUAGCAGACGAUAGAACGUUCACCCGUGUCCUGCCACUAUCCAGUGAGGUUCUACAGAAGGAAGCUGGCAGUCUUUUUGAUAAACUAGAGCCAUAUCUUCACAAUGAAGCUCCUAUUAGUCUUUGCACUAGUUUGUGCUACAGGAAUCCACCAAGCAUUAUGUGUUAACAACUGUGCUAGUGGUAUUGUGGAUGCCAAUGCACUCAUGUCAUAUAAGCGGGGGACAGCUGAGGUUACGUCAGCCUUCGUUGCUGCGGACGUUGCAACAAUAACCUGCAAUGACAAAUUUCAUUCUACCGUGACUACGUCAACUUGCACAAAUGAUGGAACUGAUGAUGACUGGAUCCCAGCGGCUGUUGCAUGUUCAGCAUAUGGAGAAUGUACGGCAUCUGCAAGUGUACUCGAUGAGGGCUCAACUCUUACCUACAGUGGUCUAGAUGCUCUGCCAGAAUCUGCCACUGUAAGCUGUGGGACGGGAUAUACUAAUGUUACCAGCUAUUGCACAGGAGAAACAACCUAUGCCUGGGUUCCAGCAAUUACCAACUGCACAAUGGUUCAGUGUGAUGCCUUCACUGUGGAGAACGGCGUCCUCAAUGUCACAGGAACUGCCCAUGAUUACGGAACCGGAGUGGAAAUAGACUGCGAAGAGGGUUACGAGUUUGAGCUUGAAGUUCAUGAAAUGGAGGUGGCCUGUGGUGCCGAUGGCAAAUGGAGCCCUGCACCUGGUGUAUGCGCAGGAAGCUCUGUUGCAAGACUGCUGAUGACACCAGCCAUGAUCAUUGGAGUAAUGGUUGUCAGCAAGCUAUAAACCCCAUCUCAAAAAGAUGCAAAAUAUGUAUGUUAUCUAUAGAUAGUCACACAAUUUGAAAUUACUUGUAUCUCGUUUGACUUCCUGAAAAAUGGAACGAUUGAGGAUGACUUGUUUACAAACUGCUGCUGCCAUGAAGCUUGAUCACACAGCCACAGCUCCGAGUAUUAAAGCGCCGCAUGACUUUCACUAUCGAAACGAUGGCAUUGUAUGACUUCCAUUACAUGGAAUGAUUUAGUGAUAAAUUUUGCUCAUGCUGCAGUGCUGUUUAAAUAAAAAGCAUGUAAAUGAUUUCUAUCUAUUAGAAUGAACUAUAGUGAAUAGAUUCAUGAUUUUCCUUUUGGAAAUGAUGUGUAAUGGCCUUGUUGCACGAUUUGAAAUCAGGUUAUUAUUGAUACAAUUAUGUCAAAAUAAAAUGUGUAAUCUUUAUGAACAAUAA